CUGAUGAAAAGAUAGGCCACUCAGAUAUUAGAUAAGGCACCGUUCUUCUUGUGGAAUUUGUGAGGAUGUCAGUGAAUGAAAGAUUAAAUGGCUUGUUGCAUCUCAAACACAGUGUUCCAGCAGGGCUGGAGGAGAAGCCCUUCCAGCUUAUUUGGUUGGAACGUAGGUAAGAAGAAAAAUGCUGAUCUUAAGCCACAACCCAAGUACCAUGUUGUUGAUCUUCCUUUCUCUCCUUCCCUGGUUGACAGAACAUUCUUAAGAGGUAGGGAAUUAAAAUGUUGCUAUAAGGCUACUAUUGAUGGAUUUAGCGCGACCAAUUUUCACGACUGCUGUGAUUUCAAGGGACCCUGUGUGAUAAUUGGAUACACAGACAAGUCCUUCAAGUUUGGUGCAUUUAACCCUGAAGGCUAUAGGAGCACAGAUGAUUACUACGAUACAUUCGAUGCGUUCCUCUUCUACUGGACAGGCAAAGAGGGAACUGAUCCCAUCGUACUGCCCAAAAUAGGGGGCAGUGGUGCAGCACUGUUUGAUUAUGCUAGAGGGGGUCCCCAGUUUGGGGCUGAUGGGUUGCUCAUUGGACCUCCCCUGGCGCCAGUCAUGGGCGGGUUUGCAGGGCCUGACACCAAUUCCGGGAUUGGAGACUUGAGGCAAGCUAAGUCUAGAUUGGGUUUGUCAUAUGCUAAGACGAAGGAUGGUAAGGAGUCCAUCUUUGGGGACGAGUCUAGGGCUACCCUUGAGGAAGUGCAAGUUUUUUGCAGUCCUCAAAUUGCCAGCUUAUACUAAUGCCAGUAGGAACUUGUAAAUUCUGAUUCAAACAACUUAAUGAAAAGAAAGUUCUUUGUAGUGUAUAUCUUUUGCAAUGAAAAAUCCUUUUAGCAGCAUUUUAUUUAAA